GGUGGUAUACGUGUGAUUUUGUACAUUUGAUAUUUGGUUUGAUAUUUAACAAAGUGUUUAUAAUAAAAAGACGUAUUUUUGAUUAAUUAAAUAAUUUUACUCUAUCAUGUCUGUAAUUCGUAGAAAAAGGAAUUAUAGACCAAUUAUUUCAUCGACAGAGGAAUCUAGCAAUGAGAUAAUUUUUGGUACAUAUGAUAAAAAUAGUUCUUUAAGAGAAAAUUCAACUAAUGUCAAUUCUGUGUUGCAAAAUUGUAGUAGUAAAAAAUAUAUGGAUACGUAUAAAAGUAAUAUAAAAAGGAAGGAUAAUACUGAUAAUCAAAAAAGAUGUAUAUAUUUAACAAGUGACAGUGAUUUAGAUAAUUCUGAUAAUGAUAACAGAGCUACAAAAAAAAAAAUAAAACUCACUCAAAAUAAAAAGCAGACUAUUAUAGAUUAUGAUUCAGUUGAUACUUCUUCCAAUUCAUCUAUAUCUGGAAUCCAAAAUAAAACAACGUAUCUAAGAACAAAUAAUGGUAAUAAGAAAAGAUGCAAUAUUGUUGAAGAAAUAAGGUUUGUUAGAAAAGAUAAUGUUUCUGAUAGACAAAAUUACCAUAACUCACAUUUAACUGGAACUAAUACUUCUGUAUUACAAAAUAGACAAGAGAAACAGAGUGUUGAAAAUUUUAAACCUCGUAUUGAAAAUGUGAUAGAAGGUUUAAAAUAUAAGUUUUCAAAGUAUAAAUUUCAUAUAAGACAAAUACAGUCGAAAUAUAUUACAGGAAAUAUAGUAACAUUGCAGAAUGCUGAAGAUAUUGUAUUCAUUUUCAGUAGUAUUAUCAGCAAAUUAAAGGAAGAAUUAACUGAACAACAAAAAAUUUUAGAAAACUCUUAUCUUAAGUGGGCCAUGAAAUCUAAUUUAAAUGAACAAAGUAGCUGUAGUAUUAAUAAUGAAGAUAUGGAGAUAGAAAGUGAAAUUAGUUUUAAUGAUGAUGAUAUGGAAAUGAUGGAAGUAAGUUUGCAAAACAAUAAUGAAAUAUUUUCAGAAAAUACUCAUAGAAAACAAUCAUCAGACAUAACUAAAAGGUUAGAAAAAAAUGUUUGGGAAAGUAAUAAAAACACUAAAUUUUGGCAGAAUAUUAGAAGUAAUAACAAUAGAGAUAAUGAAAUAUCGUUGAAAACAAAGGAUAGCAUUGUGGAAACAAAUCAGACUUUAAUUACUCAAGCUGAUAACAGGAAUAGUUUACAAAGCAAGAAAAACAUAUUAUCUGUUUUAAGUGAUUUAAAAGAAAUUAACAUUGUAAAAGUACCAAAAACAAAUUCUACAGUGAAUAAAAAAAAUACACGUACUAUAUCAAAAAGAGAAUCAUUGAGUCAAAAUGUUACAAAUACAUUGAAACAACCAGUUAAUAGUAAACAAAAUAAAUCAAUGAAAAAAGAAAUAAUAGAUAACAAUAGUGAUAUAUGUAGUACAUGUAGCACAGUGGCUUUGUAUAGUCCACAACACAAGCAUAUUCUAUUAUCUAACGUUGACAAACAGACAAAUAAGUUAGUAAAUAUAAAUGAAGAUGUGAAUUCAGAUGAUUCCGAAAGUUUCAUUUUGGAACCUGCCACGUUAGAUAACAAAAUUCUUGCAAAAUCAAAUUCACAAGAAACUGUUAUCAUUCCAUCUAAUGAAAACAACAAUUUUAACAUACAACAUAGAAAAACUAAAAAUAACCGUAAUUCUAAAAUAAUAUCAAAGGUACCUGUUGCUCUUUCAAAUAAUAAUGAUUCAGUUCUCCAGAAACAAUUAAACUCUGUUUCAUAUACAAAUAAAAGUUUAAAUAAAAAAUACCAGGCCAGUGCUACUCGUAGCACUUAUAAAGACAUUGAUUCCAACAAAGAAUUAAUAAAUCAGGAAGAUCUUGGAAAGAAUAUUGUAGACAAAAAACUAGGAUUAAUUUGCCAAGUUGUAAUAAAUAAGUACAAACAGUAAUUAAGUUAGUAUUGAUAAUUGAGUUAGUAAUACUGAUAUUGAGAUUUUUUUUCUGUUUGUAAUUGUUUCUAUCUCUAAUUCUCAGUUAGCAUUGUUGUAACAUAAUUGCAAUGAUAGUUUGUAUUAAGAAAUACAUAUGUUAAUUUGUGUAUUCUAUAGUUUAUACAGCCUUAACUGUAGUUAUAUAAAAAGAUGAUUAACUUGAAGUACGAAUUUAGUUUAAUUGUAUUAUUAAUAUGAUAAUAAUAAACAAACAUUUUUAUAAACGGACGAAUUUUAAUAAUAAGAUCUAUAUAAUAAAUUUAUACUUUUGUGCUAAUUAUAAGUAGUUUCAUAAAAAAAUGUCAUCUAUUGAUUACCUAAAUUAGUCAGUUUUUUUUUACGAGUUUUAUUAUAAUAAAAUUUUUUUGAAAUUUUUAUGUAGCUAAUAGUCGUAAUGGUAUAGCAUCGUCUUUAUAUUCAAUAUAAAAUUUUAUUGGAAAAAGUUUAGGGACGUAGAGGUUGGUUUAACGGCUUUAUUCUUUUCUGUACUAAGUAUAUAUCAAACUGAUUUUUCAAAUAUUUUCAAAUCUCAAUUGAUCGCUAACAAUGCAAAUUUCUCGAUAAUUCUGUGAUUCUUCAAAAAAUAAAGUAAUUUCGUUGGUUAAUCUAAAUAACCACUAUCAUAUUAUUUAUAAAUAAAUGUAAAGUUUUAUUUAAGCCUCGAAAUUUCCUUUAUUUGCGAAUAAAGCCCUUACAAAAUACUCUUUGUUCGUCGUUAUAUCAAACAACUUUUUUAAAACUGUUUCUUUUGAAUAUCUUUAACUUUUUAUGAAAUAUUCUAACAAGUAUAGUAAAAAACCUCUUGUGUGUGUGUGUGUGUGUAUCGUUGAGUAUUUAUCAAAGGACGGGCAAUAUAAGCGCUUUCAUGAGACAUUAAAAUUAUUUAUAAAGCUAUUAAAAUUUUAUUAUUAUUGUUAUCAUAGGUAUACGAAGACAAGUUGCCAAUUUUGCCCAGAUUAUUUCGAUAUGAUAUCUUAAGAUCUUAAAGUCAUUUGAACUUUAAGUUACCUGAACACUAAUCGAGAAUUUGCCUAGAGGAGCAUUUUCCCUCACUCGCAUAACUGGUGGUUAGACUUCUAAAUUGUUUCGUAAAAUUAUGUUACUAUAAUAUAUAUAGUACAGCAGUGCAAUACAAA